GAAUCUUGUAGACUACUCCAAGUAGUAAGUAUGAGUACGUACUGUUGUCGAGUUCGGUUCCCCGCAACACAAAAUUAAUUGUUUCGAUUGAUUUCGAUAGAUUUGGAGCGCACCUCUCUUGCUCGCUUUUGAUACUAGUAUUUCCCACGUGCCGGUUCGGUUCUGCCCCUAAUUCUAUCUAGCACCAUGGCAUCGUCUCUUGGAGAACGAAUCAGCAAUGGCCAGAACCUGGACGAUUAUACCAUCGAAUACUACGACUACGACUACGACUACGACAUGACUGACGAGAAGAGAGACGGACAGGAUGAAUUUGAACGAUACAAUCAGAGACUAAAGAGUUACAGUUUCGUCAACGUCCAAACCGUGGAAGAMGACGACGACGAUAGUGGCGAUGAGUACACYUACGAAGAAGAGACCAUCGAGGUGACAAUGGGCGAUACCACGUUCGGYGGUGACGACAACGACGAUAUGGAUUCCACCGCAGUGCCUCCACCCCUUCCUGCCUACCGUGCCAACACCACCACUCCAAAAGCAUCCAUGCCCGGGGCAUCUACAACAUCGGCUUCGAUGAACACUGCUCCGGCCGGGAAACCGAUAGCAGUCGAGGUGCCGGCCUCUCCGAUCGCCSGCGCUUCCGKAAAUCCCGUGRCCGCUUCCCAMUUCUACGGGACCGAAUCCAGGCACAAAACCAACGAAAGCAACUUCAGCCAAAAGGAGGAAUCGCCCUCUGUUGUCGAUUGCCUCUCGCCCUCRCAGCAGCGCGCAAGAUCCGCCAACGCGGCCGGCCUCUCGGAACUGUCCAAGCAGCUGCGGAUUCUCCAGGCCAAGAACGAGUCGCAAUCCGUCGACAUCCACCGCCUKGAACGCCAGCUACGGAUCCUGGCCGACCUGCAGGGAAUUUCCGUCGCCAACCUACGGAAGGCCCUAGAGGACGCCUGUGCGAGCGAGGCCUUUGGAGAGCUCCAGAACCGUGUCGCGAAGCUCAAGCACGAGCUGGAGGCGGCCACCCUGGCCAAAAAGGCGGAGCUGCGAAAGGACGCCAUGGCUCCCCACAUCGCCAACCUCGAGCUGCGGGUGGGCGAACUGGAAGAAGUCGAGGAAAAACAGACCCGGGAAAUCCGGAAACUCUACGACGAUCUCCGCGAGGAACGGGCCAGGUCGAUGCGGCUCGAGUCGGAACAAGAGCCGCUGAAACAAGCGCUCAAGGACAUGAUCCUAAAGUGCCAGAGCGAAACGGCGCGGGCCAAAAAGCUGGAGGAGGGCUUCCACAAGCAGGUCCACGACAUGCGGAAUCUCCAAUCCAAGAAAAUGCAAGAGGCCGGAGCCWACGCAACAAAGGUUCCAAUGGAAAUGGCCACCGAAUACGAACACAUGGUUCAGUUGCUCAAGAAGAAGGACGAGGAGCUCAAGGACGCAAGAGCCAAGCUGCACGCAGAAGAGAUCAAGCGGGCAAAAUUACUCAAGGAUGCCGAGGAACGUGCCCGACAAGCCGAAACAGUCCUGAAGGUCGAAAAAGACAAGUUCGCGAUUACYGUCAAGGAACUGGAAGAYGCCGACGGCCAGAGCGGGCUCCGAUUGGCCCAGUUCCGGGCCCGGUUUGCCGUACAGGACGAACGCAUCGUAGACAUGGGACAACAGCUCGAUUCUCUCUACACGGGAUUCACGCUGCUGAAAGAAGAGAUCGAUUCGGAACGCGGCAGGCACGAGGCCAUGAUGAGCAACCUCAACGACGCCGAUGCCGAAAUCGCUCGACAGACCAACAAGGAGCAAGAAAAGACCAACAACGUCCCGAACCGAGACAAUAGGCAAGGCGGUCUAAGUCAUGCCAGUCCAUCGUUCGAAGACGAAUCGGUUCCCCGGUUCAUCAACACCUCUCCCGGUGUGGAGUAUGGUCARCACGCMGWUGUAGCGAUGGCCCCGGUCUCACCAGCAACGCCGGUCACGGCCCGGGAGUAUGCUAGCCCGUACGUUCACCCCCACAUUGGCCCGGCACCGAGGAGCGAAGCCAGCGAAUACAACUAUGCAGACGAGACCCCAACCACCUACGCAACGGCGCUUCCCUACAAUCCGUCACCCACGAGGACGCCAUCCACUUGGGACCUCUUGUUGCCCAAUGGCCGCAGCCCAUCCGGACGAAGGGAUCGUUCCCGGGAGGCCCGCGCUGCCUCUCACAACRACUCCCCCCUUCGGUCGGAGGCCAUGGAUCAGUUCGAACGGGAUCGGGGGGAUGUGGAUCUAUCGCUGUACCCGAUGAUAUCCGGGACGCUCAUCGUGGAGAGCAAUACUAUGYUGCGCAGGUGGAAGCCGAAGCACUGCAAAAUCUACAUGCGGGGAGAGGGCUACCAGUGGGAGGUUGGUCCCAAGAGGUCGUACCCGCUCGAAUUCGGGGUUUCMAAGGUGGAAUUCCAUCCGAACCACCCGUUGUCCUUUGUGGUGUAUCUGGAUCCUUCCUCGGAAUGCGCUCCCGUCAUCCGUGCCGCCGCAGAGAGCGAGCGGGAAUACCACAGCUGGAUGGCGGCACUGUACAAGGCAACGAGCGGGGUCGAGUACCAGGGAGGCCAGUCGUCGGACAAUCCAUCCCCGCUUUGCCCACCAAGCGUUUCAGACUGUGGUAGGUCCUCAUUGUAUCCCACCUUGCCCCAAGCGUCGAGCGGGCAGGUCGUUCAAUUGGGGGCGGAGGACCAGGAGGCCGCCGACCUGCAGCGGGUUCUCGAGCUCUCGAAACACGAAACGUAACCCCUAGAACCCAAAGCGUGCGGAUGCAUUGUWAAUGAUUGUUCGACACCAAAAUUCCACGGGGCAUUUUUCAUGUUGUCCGGAGGGAAAGAAUGAUUCCUGUCGGUGUCGGACAGAGGGAAAAGGCGACCCUUCUGGGAUGCGUCGUAGAAAAUAAUAUCAACUCGAAUGAAUAAUAUCUAAUUUUACAC